AGCGAGAAAGAUGGACAGCGUGCAUCACAAAUAAGACGUUGCGAGUUUACGGACUGUUUACUGGUUUAUUUUGCUACACUUAUGACAAAUCUAAAGCUGACAUGGACGAAGCCACAACGCCUGGAAGGAAAGGCAACUUGACUGGAAGUGCCAGAAAACUGAAGGAUAACGCAGCAGACUGGCAUAAUUUCAUCCAAAAAUGGGAGCGCCUGAGUGACGAAGGAUCCACCAUUGCAACCAAAAUAGUCAACUUCAAACUAAGCAAAGAGUCUGUGAAAGAGCAGGAGGUCGUGAUGGAGGGCCCAAGUUCUUCUGCAGCUCCGGCAGGAAGAAGUGAAUAUCACAGCAACCCAGAGCUAGAGGACGAAUGCAUCAAAUUACAGGACGUUGUCGACAAAAUGGCCCACAUUCUGUCAAAAAUGGAGAAGAUGGUAUCUGCUGAGAAAGGGAUAUGUGAACUGGAGACAUUUCAGUAUGGAGAGACAGGAAGACCAACACCACUAUUUCAGACUUGGACCACACAGCAGUUUGCUGAAGUGUCUUCUGGGUUUUAUGAAGCUUACAAGCAGGAGCUUGCCGUAAAGAGAACCAUAUUACGGGAACUGGCCCACACAACAAACCCAGAUCUCUGCAUGGUGUAUGUGUCCUGCUGGCUCUAUCAACCCUACAUCCAGGAUAACACCAAACUUCUCCUGGAGAGCUUACUGAUGGAGACGGGCCACAGAGCUCUCUAGUUAAUUCAGUUUAUGUUUGUUGAUAUUUUAUUUAAUGGAACAUGAUGCAAUUUAAAUGUAAUCAGUUUCAUCAUUAUGAUCCAUAGCAUUUUCUAAAAUGAAAACAUGGUCUAUAAAUGGUCUAUUCAAGAGCUUAGGGGGAAACUGUUUGUUCCUUGUUGGUAUAGAUGAGCCUUGGGUGCCCAUGUUCCUGUCACCAGUUUUUUGGUGUAUAAUUGAUAGUGUUAUUUAGUUCAUCUGUUGGAUGGCUGAUCAGUGUACAUAUUUUAAAUAGCAAAAACCUCCAUCAGACAUAGCAGGGGUGGGGGUACAGGAUGCAGAGAGGAUACUGUUCUUUUUUUUUUUUUUUUUUUUGAGGCAAACACCUUGUAUACAAGUAUGAAGUAAUGAUUACCCAUGAUACAUUUGUUUUCAUAUUUAAACUCAUACUAUGGAGUAAACAACUGUACUAACAGUAAUGCCAAAAUUUUUUCACUUUUUUUUUUUUACUUGCACUGCAAUUGAUGCAGUGAUUAAAAAAAAUGAAAAUCAUGUACAGCUUAUACUUACUUACGCAUGUUAUAAGACCACUGACAGAAUACAUUCCAAACUUCAGUGAGGCUCACUUUUUCAUUUCCUUAUGGUUUAAGGACAGGCAUUAUAUUUUUUUAAACUCCCCUUUAGUCUCAGCCCUUUUUCUUCCUGCUGUGUCCCGUCACUAUAAUUGUCUUGAAUGAAGAAAGAGUAGAGAAAACGAACACCGCAUGGUGGUGGCAGCAUCAUGUUUUAGGGAUGAUUUUCUUAAACAGGGACAUUGAAGCUGGUCAGGGUUGAUGGGAAAUUUCUAGAUUAAGUAGAGAGUCUAGCAAACACCCCAAACGAUUUGCAGAUGUAUUUGCAGCAAAUGGUGGUUCUA